CAAGCGAAAGGUCAAGUGGUCAACCUAAACGCAUUUGAGAACACGCGCACCCUCCCACCGCCAGCCGCGUGCACCUCCGGCGACCGCCGCCACCGACCCACCCGUCUCCCCCGCCGGCCGGCGGCGAUGGCGCCCCGCGGCGGCCAGUCCUACGGGUUCCCGAUCUACUGCGCGGCCUGGCUGCCCCUCGGCCACAUCCUCAAACCCGACCCGCCCGCCGGCGACGCGGACGCGGACGCGGACGCCUCCUCAGCCGCCUCCCCCUCCUCUCCGCCGCCCCCGAUGGCCGCGCUCGGCGGCGGCGGCGGGGAGGGCCGGAGCGGCGUGCCCAACAAGCUCGUCGUGGCCGCGCUGGACCCGGCGGGGGAAGAGGCGGCCCUCUCCCCCGAGGCGGUGGUUGAGGUGAAGACCAAGGAGGAGGUGCCGUACAGGAUGGCCGUCCACCCGCGCGGCGACGGCGUGCUCUGCGCCUUCCCCAAUGGAUGCAGGUUGUAUCGAUGGGAAUCACAGGAAGGAGAUGAACCACGUAAGCUAGCUUUGGAGCCUGACCAGGAAGCAUUAGCAGAUCUAAAAGAUGUCGGUUUGCAAUUGGCCGUAUCAUUCAGUGGAGAAGGUUCAAUACUUGCCACCGGUGGUGAGGAUGGACAUUUAAGGGUCUUCAAAUGGCCUGCCAUGGAGUCCGUUCUCACAGAAGCUGAUACUAAAACAUCUAUUAAGGAUCUUAGUUUCAGUUCCGAUGAGAAAUUUCUUGCUGUUAAUAGGAGCAGUGGCCCAUGCAGAGUGUGGGAUUUGCUGUCAUCUGAAGUUGUAGCUAAUUUGCCAAGAGAAGCAGGAGAAAUAUUCGGAUUCUGCAGAUUCUCUAAUAAGAUUGACAGCAGUAACAUCUUAUUUAUAACAGCAAUGCAAGGUGAUUAUGGGAAAAUAAUAUCUUGGAAUACUACCUCGUGGACAAGAGUUGGAUCAAAGAAAAUAACUCGUGAGGCUAUUUCAGCUUUCGCUGUGUCGCCUGAUGGUUCUCUUCUUGCAAUUGGAACAAUUGAAGGAACCAUUAUCGUACUAGGGUCAAAAGAUAUGCGAACACUCAUAACAGUUAAAAAGGCACAUCUUGGCAUUGUUACUACGCUCGCCUUCUCCCAGGAUUCCAGAACAUUGCUGUCAACUUCCUUUGACUCAACUGCAAGGGUGACAUCAGUCGGGUCCCCAAAGGGUAAUGGUGCAAGUGUAUGGCCCAUGCUACUAGUUAUCAUUCUAGCAAUUUUGGUAUACUACUGUAUGCAGCACAAGGAAGAGCUUCUGGCAAUGUUGCCGCGUUGAGAUAAAUUUUUGUCCAGGCACACUACUGAUAUCACAUUUACCUGCCUUUGUGAUUACCUUAUCCUCUGCUUGAGGUAUAUGUGGUAUUCUUUAGAGAUUGAGCAGAUUUGGUCUUAGGUCAACUGCCAUUAUUUUAUCUAGGACAGCGGAACAGCAAAAGGCACUUACGCCUUUACCUUGUCAUGCUUGUAUAAAAAGGGGCAUGUACUCAAAAAGUUUUGUAAGUUGAUGUCCUCAGAGUGAUAGUCCUCUGUAGUUAUGUUUCUUCUUGCUUCACCUACGAGUUACGAGGAGAUUGUCCCAAGAGUCCAAUAUAGAGUUCGAAACAGUUUACUUUGUAUGCUCAAACAAUUUAUUACACCUAUUUAAGUUGUAUGUAAAGUGUUCUUGUCAAAAAAAAUUGCAAAGAGCC